UAAAGCUUACAUUAAUGAUGCUGCAGCAAGCUUUGAAAGUCUCCGGGAGGAGUGCAUUACCUUUGAUUAAAUGUAUAGAGAAGUGGGCUGACAGCAUCAGCGAGACUUGCUCACAGAGGGAUGUGCGAAAGGUGAAAACACUCGAGGAGAUGCCAGGACCGUCGGCACUCGGAUUCAUUUGGGAUCUUUUUGCCAAACGAGGAUUGUCUCGCCUACAUGAAUUACACAUGGAGGGCCGUAAACAGUAUGGUCCCAUCUGGAAGGCCAGUUUUGGACCCAUCCUAACUGUUCAUGUGGCAGAUCCAGAACUUAUAGCGGAAGUCCUGAGACAGGAGGGCAAAUACCCCAUACGUUCAGACCUUUCCUCCUGGAAGGACUAUCGACAGCUCAGAGGACAUGGUGUUGGACUCCUGACUGCUGAGGGAGCAGAAUGGCAGGGCGUGCGUAGUUUGCUGGGAAAACACAUGUUGAAACCAAAAGCAGUAGAAGCAUAUGAUGGCACCCUGAAUGCUGUGGUGACAGACCUCAUAGCCAAACUCCGCCUUCGCAAGCAGCAAAACCCCAAUGGUGUCAUCACUGACAUCGCAGAAGAGUUUUACCGCUUUGGCCUGGAAGGAAUUUCCUCUGUGCUGUUUGAGUCCAGGAUUGGCUGCUUAGAACCAGUAAUCCCUGUGGAGACUGAGCGUUUCAUCCAAUCAAUUAACACCAUGUUUGUCAUGACCCUUCUCACCAUGGCGAUGCCUACAUGGCUUCACCGACUCUUCCCCAAACCCUGGGGCAUCUUUUGUCAGUGCUGGGACUACAUGUUUCAGUUUGCAAAAGGCCAUAUAGAUCAGCGUCUUAAAGAAGAAACAGACAAAAUGGCUCGAGGAGAAGAAGUGGAGGGGCGUUAUCUCACAUAUUUCCUUUCCCAGGCUGGAAUGCCCAUGAAGUCUGUGUACAGCAAUGUGACAGAGCUGCUCCUUGCAGGAGUGGACACUAUUUCUAGCACAUUGUCCUGGUCCCUGUAUGAACUCUCUCGACAUCCUGAUAUCCAAACUUCACUUCGGACUGAGAUUCUGAGGGUGCUAGAAGAUCACAGACUUCCAACAGCAGCCGAUGUAGCUGCUAUGCCCUUACUAAAGGCUGUGGUGAAAGAGAUCCACAGGCUGUAUCCUGCAAUUCCAGGCAAUGCCAGAGUCAUUGCAGACCGAAAUAUUAUAGUGGGAGGCUACAUCAUACCUAAAAAUACCCUCAUCACUCUUUGCAAUUACGCAACUUCACGGGAUCCUGUCCAGUUCUCUGAGCCGGAUGCCUUCCAGCCCCAGCGCUGGCUGAACCAUGACAGAAAGCACCACCCAUAUGCCUGUCUACCCUUUGGGGUGGGCAAGCGCAGCUGUAUUGGAAGCAGGAUCGCUAAGUUGGAGAUUUAUCUGGCCCUUUGUCAGAUUUUAAUCCACUUCCAUGUGAAGCCUGGCCCGAACACUGGAGUUGUUAGCCCUAUGACCAGAACUCUUCUAGUUCCAGAGAGGGAAAUCAACCUUCAGUUUAUUGAGCACUGA